AUUAGCCUCCAGUCGCAAUUCUAGGGGUGUAGGGUCUAGGGUUUUGUCACCCACCUCCAUCUUUCCCAGAAGAAUUCCGCAAGAAAGGAGGAAGAACCUUUCCAGUACCCACAGGACACCCGGUUCCUGGGUUUUUCCGAAUUCUAUGGUUCUUGAACACGCUCUCCACCUCGCACCCACGUCGAUGCUCGCGUCGUGUCUCCCUCAGGUCGCCCGGAGAGAACCCUGAUACGGCGGUGAACCGGCGUGAUCCAGCCAUGAGCGUGGAGGCCCGAGUCGGGGUCGUCAUGGAAGGCGGCCAGAGGGCUCUCGGUUCUGCCCACGGCGGCGUUCUUGACGGUGGGCCGAGGAGCUUCUUUCAGCAGCAGCAGCCCUCGCCGCCGCCGCCGCCGCCGCCGCCGCCGCCGCAGCAGCAGCUCAAGAAGCCGAGCUUGAACCCCCAGUCCCAGAUUGGGACCGUGCAGCAGCUCUUGGCCGGCGGCGUCGCCGGGGCUUUUAGCAAGACUUGUACCGCGCCUCUUGCUCGCCUCACCAUCUUGUUUCAGGUGCAAGGUAUGCACACAGAUGUUGCAGCUCUGAGCAAGCCUAGCAUAUGGCAGGAGGCAUCACGCAUUGCCAAUGAAGAAGGGUUUAGAGCCUUUUGGAAGGGAAAUAUGGUUACGAUUGCUCAUCGCCUUCCUUACUCUUCGGUCAACUUUUAUGCUUAUGAACGGUACAAAAGUAUGUUACAGUCAAUUCUUGGGGAAAAUAGCAAAGGAAGUGCCAGUGCAGGUCUUUGUGUACACUUCAUAGGUGGCGGAAUGGCUGGAAUAACAGCUGCAAGUGCGACAUAUCCUCUGGAUCUUGUUAGGACACGCCUCGCUGCGCAGACAAAUACAGUGUACUACAGAGGUAUUUGGCACGCAUUUAAUACCAUUUGUAGAGAGGAAGGCUUCUUGGGGUUAUAUAGAGGGCUUGGAGCCACGUUAUUGGGUGUUGGACCCAGUAUAGCAAUAAGUUUUUCUGUGUAUGAAAGCUUGAGAUCUUUUUGGCAAUAUCAAAGGCCGAAUGACGCUACUGUGAUGGUCAGUCUGGCUUGUGGCAGUCUCUCAGGGAUUGCAUCAUCAACUGCUACAUUUCCUCUGGAUCUCGUGAGACGAAGGAUGCAAUUGGAAGGGGCUGGGGGUCGAGCCCGUAUUUACAAUUGCGGUUUGUUUGGGAUGUUCGGGCACAUAAUGAGGACAGAAGGCUUCUGUGGCUUGUAUAGAGGGAUACUUCCGGAAUACUACAAGGUUGUCCCUAGUGUGGGCAUUGUUUUCAUGACCUAUGAGACACUGAAGAUGCUUCUAUCUCGAAUUUCUACUCCGGAUUAGCCAUGUACCACUUUCUUGUGCUGACAAUGAGUCCAUCAAAAUUGUAAUGAGAAAAAAGAGAAAACAUUCAGUUGAUUUUAAGGUAGCAAGUAGAUAGGUAGGAUAAAAAGAAUCUACAAUAUUUGUGAUGAAGUUCCAUGGCGGUUAAUUUUGCUGUUACCGUCGUGAUUUUGAGGUCAAAUUUUUCUGUUCAUAAUUAGCUCGCCUUUUGGAAGUUGUACGGAGUUGAGGUUAAUUAGGUCUUUAUCUUUGGAGGAGAAUCAAAGUACCAUGAGGCUACAGAUUUGGUCUUUGCUCUUGUGAUCCGCUCAGCAGAUUAUGUAUUUGUCGAUGAGACAGUUCUGUAAAAUUCUAAUAUAUCAUAUAGUACCUUAUUAUAAGGCUAGUUUGCACUGCCUAUGUUUCGUCAUUGAUC